AGUGUCGAGUCCUGUCCGCCGCCGACAAUCUCUUCAAUCGGCAGCUCUUUUCUGGCGUUUCGUUAUCUCAAGCGAAGCCUUCGGUGCCAUCGAUGGUCGCGUCGACGACGAAGAGCUGUUACACUGGGUUUUCGUCGCAAAUGGACGCCUUCCGGGCGCCCGUCGCCGGACGUACGCUCGACUGCAGCGGUCGACUCAAACGGCUCGAAGAGUCCGGACUUAUCGAAAGGUUUCGUAACUUUAACACCAAAAGCAUUCCUCUGGCGCUCGAAGAGGAGGACGAGAGCGACGACAUCGAGAUUAUCGACGAGAAACAGCACAAGAGGGACGACCCGAAUGACGGCAAUCACACGAUUGAGUUGAAGUCGUCCGAAGAGUUUGAGCCGUUAUUUGUGUCUCAGAUCAGAGAUGAGGUGCGAAAGAUCAGCACUCAUUCGUUUGGGUCGCAGAGCGGUUCCCAAAGAGCC